UCACAUAAUGGACUUUGUAUAUGAGAUAAUCAGAAUAAAAUUUUAAUUUCUUAUAAGAACAGGACAAACAGAUAGAUCGACAUAGUUUAAAGAUUUAAAAAAUGUUGAAAAUUGUUUUAGCUUCGGCUCUUCUAGGGCUCUGCGUAGCAUCGCUACACAAUGUGGACAGAGUAAAUCAAAACUACAACGACAAAGUCAAUGCCAAGAUUGUUCAACAGAUUCAAUAUGAACUGAAAGCCAGUUACCUCUACCAAGCAUACAGUCAUUACUUUGGAAGAGCGGAUGUAUCAUUACCAGGUUUCGCUAAGUGGUUUGAGAAAGCUUCCCUAGAAGAACGUCAGCACGCGACAGGUCUAAUUGAGUACAUCAACAAACGUGGUGGCACCGUGUCCCUCAACGACCUUGGCUUUAACAGCAUGUGUACGACUAUUGACCAAGAACUUGCAAAGAUUUCUGAAUUCAAAAGAAGUGAUGCAUGCAUCUGUUCGUUUAUGUCAAGUAAGAAGGAUUCGUUGUGCGCAGAGCGAAGCACAUGGAAGAAUGGCUUGUGGGCAAUGCAGGACACAUUGGUUCUAGAGAGAUUUGUGAAUACCCAAUUACUGGAACUUCAUAAAGAAGCCGGUAAACAUGAAGAUCCCCAUUUGUCUCAUAUUCUGGAGCACGACUACCUGGAUGAGCAGGUAGAAAGCAUCAAGAAAGUUGCUGACUAUAUCCGCCAACUGGAACGUGUUGGGGACGGUCUGGGAGAAUACACGUUCGAUAAAGACUUGGCAUAAUAUGUUAUGAAACCAUAAUUGAUGAUUUAAAUUCGAACAGUUGUUGAUUGAAAGACAAAUUAACCCGAACAAUGCUAUGCCAAAUACAUUAUGUUCAAAAUACAACAGGAACAGAAAGUAAACCUGUGGAAUAGCAAAGAUAUUUUUGGACAAUCUUUACUCUUGUUUUUUCCCCUUCACUUCUUUUAUAUUUGAUAAUUUGUAUUAGGAUGGUGAUUGACAAUAAAUUUGUUUGUAACGAUA